CAAUAGGCUUAAUCACGGCAAAAAGGCCACUCCUUGAGGUUGCAUAGCACCCGGCUGGCGACUUCGACACCUUGCUUGCUGAGGUUUCAGUUCUGUUAAAGCGUGAUGGCUCAUGCAUCGCUCAGCCUACGGGCUGGUGGUCAUCUGGGUAUUACGCCUUGCACUAGUACAGCUCGUCGCCCGGUGCCCUUCUCGGCUGGAGCCGGCGGUUGCCGGCACGCUGUGUCGGUGUGCCGGGCCCCGACACACUGCCGCAGAAGCGCUGCCGACGAGCCCGCCGCAGCUGACGACGCUGGGCUGGCGGCUUUGUUUAGCCAGACAGUGCGGGUCAAGGGCAUUCCCUCGCCGGUGGCAGCGGUGCAGUCGGCACAGCCCUCGCCGCUGGUGCCGCCACACGCAGUGGUCCAUCAGAUUCUGGACGUGCUGCAGCGCAAUGACUACCCUGACCAGGACGCGGGCGUGACUGCAGCCUUUCAGCUGACCGCACCCGCCGAGGACCCACAGCACGCUGGCACGGUGCGCAGCUGGUUUGCGGGCGGCGAGUCCUGGCUGCCUCUGCCUCGCUUCCACGCGCUGCUGCACACCGCCUACCGGCCUCUGCUCAACUGUGACAGCUGGCGGCCGCUCUCGCCGCUGGUGUUCCCCAGCACUAGGUGCGUGCUGCUGUGGGAGGUGCUGUGCGUGGGAGCGGAUGUGUACAGUGUUGUUGGGGGCGACGUCGGCAUGCACGCUGGCACGGUGCGCAGCUGGUUUGCGGGCGGCGAGUCCUGGCUGCCUCUGCCUCGCUUCCACGCGCUGCUGCACACCGCCUACCGGCCUCUGCUCAACUGUGACAGCUGGCGGCCGCUCUCGCCGCUGGUGUUCCCCAGCACUAGGCAUGACAACAAGGCGGUGCAGGCGGUGGAGGUGAUGGCCAAGCCGCGCCACGGCGCCGCCGCCGCCAGCGGCUCGGCCCUGCGCCCCUACACCUACACAUUUUGCCUGGAGCGACUGGAGAACGGCCCCUGCAAGGACUGCUGGAUGGUCGCCGGCGUGCGGAUGGGCAACUAUGCGCUGUAGCUAUGCCUGAUGGACAUAAAUACGGAUUGAGAUGGUGAUAUGUGGCAUGCCUUUAAGUCGACUUGUCAAGGCACCUUAUGAGGGUGCCGAUGCUCGUGCCAGCAUCGUGUGUGGCAGAGAGCACAAGAGAAGAUUCCGUGAUUGCUGCAGUUAUAUGUUUCAACCCAAUACCUACCCAACAUCUACCCUCGAACGCUCAGCUCGCUGUGGUGGACGCGGAGUCUGUGGCUAGCUGUAUGGGAGCCCCAAUUUGCCCUGUGCCGGCAAGGCCUCGUCCUGUCCUGCGCCAGGCUGCCAGUCUCGUGCAUGGAUCUCGAUGCUUGCCAGUCCAAGUUAUGGAUGCGGAUGUUACAGAGGGGACAGUCCCAGCUCCCGAAGACGCCGAGCCAUCACAUGCUAUCAGGGCCCAACCCCGACUUUGCUGCAAACCCUCCCGCGGGCAAAGUCCGUGUGACUCCGCGCACACGACAUUUGCUUUGACCGCGGCACGCAGGGAUUGGAACCUGGCUUUGAGGGAUUGGGUUCAGGACGGCAGGGCUUGGAACCGGGCUUUUAGGGAUUGGGAUAGAGACGGCAAGGAUUGGAACCCGGACCUCGGGGAUUGGGAUUGGAGGUCGCGGCGCAAAGGAUAGCAAGUCGGUCUAUCCUGGGGUGACCAGAGGAUCGGUAGGAUCGGUACCCCAUGCCACCCCUCCGACCCGCAGCAGCGCCAAAUACCCACCCCACAAACCCCACAUGCGUGCGGAUGGUACCAUGCAAACAAUCAGGGGGAACGGAGGAGCGCGGUUGGCCGUUUAUCGAAGAUGCUUUAGGCAGGGGCGGAGCCUGCCCUGGUCAGGAGUUGCGUGCCGUGCAGCAUGCACACGCAAGGCAUGAUCUACAGCCCGAACUGGAGCAGCAGACACCACGGAUGCGGGAAGCCAGUGGACUGGCAACAACAGGGCUUGGCGUUGCAGCCGGUGUGCGCGGCGGCACGCUCAGGUUCUCAGAGGCGGCUUGUAGCCUUGUAGGUGCCUGUAGUCAGUAGUCAGUUACUUUGUGACUUUGUGUUUCACUCAGUCGCCGUCCCGGUCAGCCUCGGCAACACUUGAAAUGAUUAUCUCGGGACCAUGAAACUCACGCGGCAUGCCGCAUGCGCUAACCGCGCUAACCAGGCAGGCCAGUUGCAUGCCGUACGCGCACAACUGUGGCCGGUGCGCCAAGGCCCGGCCCUCGUCUGUGCAUUCUACU